AGCCUUUAUCACAUUCUUUCAAUUCAUGCCUUAACUUAGAAGAGGAAUAAAUUAUUAGGUUAAUAUAGCACCAUUGAUUGGAAGUAGGGAAUCGACUGCACGAGAAUGAGUCGAUUUGCUGCAUUGUAUUAGGUGAGAAUCUUGCCUAAUUUAGGAAGCAUAGUUCAAAACUGUCUUGAUAUUACGUCUUAGUGAAGAUAGAAUCCCUCUAGACAGUCUAUUCAAAAGAGUUUUCUAUGUCUCAAUCGAAAUUCUUAACUGGUAAAUGACAUUUUGCAAUAUAAAUAAGAGCGAAAACGAAUUAGAGAGUCAUAUAUCAUUAAUCUGACUAGUAGGGGGAAUCACUGUGACCUAAAUCUAAUUUAUUUUCUGCUUUGUCAAUGUCUUUUUUUUACGGUUUGAACAUAAAUUAAUAUAUAACAAAAGUAGUCUAAAUAAUAGUAAAUAUCGAAACGAGAGAAUUCGUUAAUUAUUAUUUGACUACUGUCUGUUCAUCGGCUCCGGAUACGGUGCAUAACCCAUGGUUAUACGCCCAUCAGUAACUAAAUAUGUACCCUUCUUUUUAAGUGGAUCCAGAUAAUCCAGAUCUAAUGGUGAAGAAUUAAAGACAUUUUAUUUUCCCUUGUUUUCUUAAUCGGCUCAUAUCUUCUUUGUUUUAACUUAGAUUUUUUUUUGCAAAGAUGGAACGAGUUCGUUGUGCUGUACAAAAUGAGAUCCAUUUUCAAUAUUUUUUUGGAAACAAAAUUUCAUGCCUCUCUUUCCCAACUGGAUACCAUAUGGUAUAUUCUUCGUUUUUAAAUUAUUCUUGAAAAAUUUUGCACAGGCGGAACGAGUUCAUCAUGAUCUAUUGGAUAUACAAUUUUAUGGGUGAACAAAAUAUAGGACCAAAAAAUACCACACAAUACCACCUUGGUAUAGGGUGGUAUCUUGUGGUACACAAUGUUGAAAGUCGUAAAUGACAGUUAGUAUACUCCUACUAUCAUGCAUUCAACCAUCCUACAGUCUUGGUAUGUUCAUACCAUCAUGGUAAGCUUUUCAUAUCAUAUGGUAUGCUCUUAUUUCAAUACAAGUUAUACCAUAUGGUAUAGACUGGUAAAAAAUUGCUCAAUUAUUUUGUUCGAAAUAUAUAUAAAAGUGAUUAUCAUUUUGAAGAUCACUAUUAAUCUGAUCUAACCGUGCAAAAAAAAUUUAAAUUCCGACUUAACACGAAUGAGAAAUCGUAUGUUAAAAAUUAAGGGGAAAGAAUUAUAGACUUUCCAGAAGGAUAAGGUGGGUUAAUUUGGCCGAUGGUAAUUUGGUUAUAUAUGGUUACGGAACGUAUCUACUCCAUGUUCAUCCAUUGCAAUUGGAAUUUGUUUGGAGUGUAGCCUCGUUUGAACCAAAAGCCAAUGACAAUCGUCCCUCCAAAAUCCUUAAUAGUUUUCCAAUAAACUAUUGAUGACUCACGAACCACAUCAACAACGCAUAUCAAGCUCCCUGGUUUGUGUGGAAGAGUCCUACGUACGUGCCUUUGCUCAUCAGUCAUCCCAACCACCAAUUGAGCCCAUUUAAGUGGUACAAUCUGCUGCAGUCGAAGUUAUUGGUCCAACCCCAAUGACCAUCAAUUUGAAAAAGAAAAAGAAAAAUCAUCGAAUCUUGGCUACACUUUGAAUUUUGUUUCGAUUUUUCAGUUGAACAUGUAAAUAAGUUACGAAAAGACUAUAAAUUUUAAAACCGCUUUACUUGUCCUACAACUUUUAUAACAAUUGGAUAAGAAUAACCAUUGAUGAGAAAGGCUUAGGUACUAUGACUAUACAUAAUUGCCUCAUCUUCUCUCGCAUGUACCCCCAUUAAUCGCGAAUGGAUCAUUUGCUAUAACUAACAAUGGCGGGAGUUAAAAUCUAUUCCUCAUGUCCAGUCAUAUCCCACUUGUUCUUUGCGGACGACUCUUACAUGUUUCUCAGCAGUUCCCACCAGGAAUGUGCAAAACUGGUGGCGAUUUUGCAAGAGUAUCAGCAUUUAAAUGGUCAAAAGUGAAUUUGGAGAAAUCUACCAUGUUUUUUAGCAAAAGUAUCGAUGAGGUGGAAAGUUAGGAGAUGGCUACGAUAUUAGGGGUUGGUGUUGUGGGGGUACAAAUAAGUAUUUGUGUCUUUCUACCCUAGUUCACAGGUCAAAAAUGGAGAAAUUAUGUUUCAGUGAGGAAAAAUUGCUUGAAAAAUUACAGGGAUGGAAACAGAGCACCUUUCGUGGGAGGCAAAAGAGACGUUGCUCAAAUAUAGGUGGCUGCGACAAUGCCUUUAUAUGCUAUGGCGUGCUUUUUACUUCCUCACACCCUUUGUCGGAAGCUUGAUCGUCAUAUGGCUCGGUUCUGGUGGGGUAAUCAAACAGGGGGCAAUCGAAUUCCUUGAGUCUCAUGGAGGAACUUGUGUCGUAGUAAAUUUGAUGGCUGACUGCGUUUUAGACGCUUUGAGAUUAUGAAUCAAGCACUUUUAGCGAAAAUCGGAUGGUGGUUACUUGCUGAACCUAACUGUUUGUUGGCUAGGGUUCACAAAGGCAAGUAUUAUUCUCAUUCUCAUUUCUUGGAGGCUGGAAGCGGAUCACAACCAUCUUGGGGGUGGAGGAGUAUUAUCGCCGGUCGUCGAUUGUUGUCAUUUGGGAUCCAUUGGCAUAUAAGCAAGGGGGAAAGUACUAGGAUACGUGAGGAUUGCUGGAUUUCGGGUAUUCAACCCGGUUCUCUGCCACCUCAUGUUGUGUUGCUUCAACCGAAUCAGAUAGUGGAUACUUUGUUUGAUGAGGAGUAAGGCGAGUGGUGUAAGGAUUGUCUUGACCAAUGUUUUCCACCUAGUGUGUGCAAAGAAUUCUAGGGAUUCCCUUGCCUCGUGAUGCUGUGCCAGACAGGCUGGUCAGGGAAGCAGAUUCUUCAGGGGAAUAUACAGUAAAGUUGGGGUAUCACUUAGGUGUUCGACUUAGUCACUGUGGUCGUGGAUAGAAGGAAGAGGUUUCAUGGUUUGAUUCUACAUUCUGGAAAAGGGUUUGGGGCUAUUCUAUUCCACCCAAAACUCAAGGUUUUCAUGUGGCAAGUUAUGUUACGCAUUUUACCGACGAUGGAAGCGCUACGAGAGAAGGGCUGUGCUGUCCCCGCACGUUGUCUGGUGUGAUGGGGUGAGUGUGUAACCAUUGAGCAUUUGUUCCUCCACCGCCGCGUGGCUAGAGAGCUGUGGGAAGGUUUGGGUCUUAUGUAGUCUAGGCAGGGUUCCCCGGAGAUUAAUUUUGCCUUGUUCCAACGUUGAUGGUUUGAGCAGAAUGCUGCUCCGUAUCGUAAUAUGGAUUUGGUUUCCUUCCUUUGUCGCAUAUUAAAGCUCACAACUGGGCUUCCUUCGACGACAUUCAGUACACGAUUUCAGCUCUUUUACGUCAGUACAAUCUACAGGUUUAAGAGUGGCAGAGUGUGGAAGGGAGGAUUCAAGGUCGAGCAGCUCCCGCAGCCUCCUCUAUCUCCUCCGGUGAUGCCUUCUUCCCCUUUUCACUGUUAUGUUGAUGAUGUUGUGCAUGUUGAGUCUCAUGGUGCGGUGAGGAUGGUGAUAGUGGAUGGCAUGGGGUCAAUUGUUUUUGUGAUGGGUUCUAGAUAUGAGAGUAUGGUGAAUCCUUACCUGGUGGAACUCCAAGCGUUUCAAGAUGCAAUUCGAUGGUGUGGAAUGCAUGGUAUUCAGGGAGUGGAGUUCCUUGGGGACGCGCAGGUCGUCGUGGAUCAGAUUUGUUGUGAUGUUACGAUGAAUGCUAGAGGCGGUGAUAUUCUCCAGGAGAUUAAUGGUUGGAAACAACAGAUGUCUGAUUUAGCAGUCCGAUUUAUAGGUAGGCAAAGCAAUCGGGUGGUCCAUUUGGUUGCUAAGAAAGCCCUCUCAUUGUGUCCUAUAUAUUGGUAUUUCGGGGUUUGAUUUUUGCCUUUGGCCGAUUUCUACGAUGUAAACAUUCUAUCUUUUUCUAGAUAAUGCAAGUUAGCUAUUGGCAAAAAAAAAAAAAAAGUAUGCACUUGCCUUAUAAUUGCCAUUUUGGGGAGGUGAUUCAUGUUAACGAUGUGAACUGUCACUUGUGAUAUGACAGACAAGAAAACACAUGAAUUUGC